AGAGGAGGAGAGUGAGAGAAACCCACCCUCACCCCAUUCCACCCCAUCCCAUUCCACCCCACCCAUACUCCAGUCGUUCAGCGUCAGUGAAAACCCUAAUGUGAUCAAGAUGGAAGCUCAAGCUAUCUUUGGACAUUAUACGACGCUCCGGCUUUUCGGCUGGCUCCGGGGGCUCCCUGCUCUCUGCUCCCAAAAAAAGGUAACGUCAGAGAUGGAUUUGAUUUGAAUCCGCAAACCCUGAGAGCGUUCCUCUGGACGUGGAAUUAGGACCGACAUCCCAGGAAAAGGGGGAUUUGUUCCUUGAAAAAGGCUUUGUCUGUUCCCUGACUUUGAUGGAUGGCUAACUCUUCAACCCCAUAGUGUCUAUCCUCUGUUAUCUUCUGUUAUUCACUCGUAUGUUGCUACUGUGUGGGACUGUGACAGUACCCCUCUGUAUUCUGGUGGAGAAUUGACAGUGAAGUAACUCAUCUUGGCAUGUUUUGUGAAGUGGCACACGCAUUACACUAACGGACUACAUUGUACUUCUCUGUGAGAAGUUGUGAUAAGUAUGCGGUGCCCUCCCUAACUCAAGUGCCAGUUGACGUCAGAGGCUGAAGUCAUCCCGGGACACCCUCCAUCCAACACUAGUCCUGAGGAUGCUAAAGGAAGCUCAAUAGAACUGUACCGUCUGGUCCGCCAUUUUGGUUCUACGUCUUUAAAGGGCUCUAUGGGUUAGCAGUGGGAGUCCGCCCACCAUGCUUGUCUCCAUACGGAAAAGAAGUUGGGAGGAUCAUGUGACCCACCGUUCUGGGUUACAGUACAGCUACGACGACCUGGACCUGGUCUGUUGCCAUGGCGUCAGUGGCGACGGGCCUCGGCUGGCAUCGGGGGGGUCCAAGCAGGGGCGUAGGGAACGAUGUGCCUCCAUGCCGGAGUGCUGUCACCGGCCGCGCCACGAUGGCCUCAACGAUGGGCAGGGUCACGCGUUGGAGUUUGUGACCUCGGUCAACAUGGAGGACAAUGGCGAUCGCUUUGCGCCGGGGCACGUGAUGUCAGCAGGCUACUUUGAUUCAACUGUUUUCCCUGUGUUCCAGGCUGAGCUGGUAGAUGGCUCUGAUGGGGCUGUUGUAGAUGAUGACCUCACCGGGAGGCUGACGGAGUCUGAACCUGGAAGAAUGCCGGACGCUGUUGAGGACUCAGUUAGCAGCCAAUCUCACUGUGACCUGGGCAAUGGGAUUCUUCAGUCAAAGCCAAACAUCAUCUGCACUGCAGACAGCGGUCAUGAGGAUGAGGAUGACAUUGAGGAUGGCACCGAUGAUAACGAGCAUCCUGACGUUGUUGAUGACCGCGUCGCAAUCGCUGUUCAAUCCUUCUCUGUUGACGAGGGACAAAGGGUCUCUAUUUGUCCGGACAAUGGAGUUUCACUGGCCUUCUCUGUUGGUGAGCAAACUGGCAGACAUCCAGAACUCCUGGAGACUACGGCCAACCAUACAGACGGUCAGGGUGGACUUCCAGAACCCUUAGAGGACACACAGACCCAGUCUCCUCAUACUGAACUUGAACCACGAGAGGACCUCUCCACUUUAGAUGAAAGCAUCAUCACUGACCCGGGUGAAAGAACAGGAGCAAUCCAGCCAGCAGCCAUUUUGGAUACCUCAAAGAACCCAGAGGGCGAUAGUGAUGUAAUAUCAGAUGUUCAUGCGGAGAUCUUGGAGGCUCCUGUUGCAGACGUUAUGGAGGGGGACGUUAUGGAGGAAGACGUUAAGAGGAAAGCCUUAGAUAGGAAGAAUGAGGAUAGUGUUGAAGAUGCUGACGGAUUGAAUGUUCAGAGGAAAGAUUAUGAAAGUCGUGAUAAAUUUGACCAGAUUCCGAGGGGGCAACGUGCUGUGUCAGUGGAUGGCAGUCAAACAGAACAAGAUCAGCAUGAUAGUGUGAGGACUGAUGAUGGUUGUGAAAUGGUUCAGGACCAGACAGUGUUGGGAAAGGAGGAUGUUGACAUGGUGGAGAUGGAAGGGACCCGAGGAGAGGAAAGGGCUCUGGAAAUGGGCAGGGAGAAAACCCCAGAGGAUAAGGCAAGUGUAGCCUCUGUGAAUGCUUCGUGUGUCACAGCACAACGUUCUGAGGAACUGGACAGGCGCCCAUUAGCUGGACAGCAGAAUUUUGAACGUUCAAAAAUUGACGGAAUACAGGAAUGGACUACUGUAGAGGACACGGAGCAUCCGAUGAUACAGGUGCACUCUGAUGACCUCACAGUGAAGAAUACAAGUGGCGGCUUGGUGUCCGAAGACCUAACCUCGGCUGUAACAACCGAAGGACAGCACAGCGAUGGCGGCUCAAAGCUGGAUACCAUCCAUGAGAUGAACCAUUCCGAAGCAGAGGACGACUCAGUCCUCCUGGGGAGACAAGGGGAUUCGGACAUGGGUAUAUCCACCUCUCCAGCAGCCCGGCUCCCCAAUAUGGCUGCUGACCCCAAAAUGGACACUCUCAGUCAACCAACAUGUCCUGGGGAGGCAAAUGAGCCCGUACCGGAGAGAUGCCAUGGAAACCAAGCCCCUGUUAAACAAUUAGGUGAGUCACCUGUUGUAGAGGCAGUAGACGGUCAGAAAGAACAGGACAGGCCCAGUGAUACACAAGCUACAACGGAGGCGAUUGAGGAAGUAGUGCAGCCAGGCAACCCCGGCAACACUCAUCUUGGCGACAAGGCUUCAGACGUGAAGCGAGAGGCCAGCCGCGGGGAUGACAAGAGGGAGGACCAUGUGGUGAAACUUCGCGCUAGAAAGAGUUCUAGAGAGGAGCGGGAGCGUUCUCGUCUGGACUCCAUGGUUCUGCUGCUGAUGAAGUUAGACCAGCUGGACCAGGAAAUCGACACGGCCCUCAGCGCCUCCUCCUCCUCCAUGGCCAUCACACCCAACCUCAGGAGACACCACCGACGGGAGGUGGACUUAGACUCAGUGAAGGCCUUUGGGACAGUGUCAAGCACUUCUCCGUCUGUGAAUACUCCACAACAGCAUCAAGUGUCCACUACUCUGACCUCCGCUAGGCCUACUGCUACUCCUGGGACCAAACCCAAGACUGGGGUAAGGCAGUCAAUCAUCGUGACGUUUACGUUUUAA